GCUUUACGACAGUGUGACGCGUUUACGGCCUUCAAUGAUAUAUUGCAGUGACAGACCUAACGUAAACAAGCAAGCUCGGCGUGACUCUGUUCCGUUGUUAAGUGUGGACAUCUUCGAGCCGGAAUACAGUUGGAUUACUAAGGACAGAGACAAUGCUUCUCCGAAAUCGAGCUGUGUUUGCGCGUGGCCUUCGCAUAUGCUCUACUCACGUGAUGAAAGGAUCGGUGGUGGACGCAGCGAGACCCAUCUCAGACAUGUCUGAAUUCCGCAAGGUCUUUUCCAACGCCAAACACAUAGCAAUCAUCACCGGGGCCGGCGUGAGCGCGGAGAGCGGGGUGCCAACCUUCAGGGGAGAAAACGAGAAGUGGAGAAAGUGGCUGUCUCAGGACCUGGCCACGCCCGAGGCCUUCUCUCGGACCCCGUCUCGGGUGUGGGAGUUUUACCAUUACCGAAGGGAGAUGGCUUUGAACAAGAAGCCCAGUGCAGCCCAUCUGGCCAUAGCCGAGUGUGAGGCCCGGCUGAGGAAGCAGGAACGCUCCGUGGUUGUCAUCACCCAGUCCAUAGACGACCUCCACCGGCAGGCCGGGUCCAAACACGUGCUGAAGGUUCACGGCAAUCUGAUGGAGACCCGCUGUGUGAGCUGUGGACAUGUGACUGUGAACAGGCGAAGCCCAAUAUGUGCUGCCCUGAAGGACAAAGGUUCACCUGACCCAGAUGUUGCUGAUGCCCAGAUUCCUGUGGAUAAACUGCCAAGGUGUGGCGAAAGCGACUGCCGCGGCCUGCUGAGGCCCAACGUGGUGUUCUUUGGAGAAACUCUGGACUCGCACAUCCUGACCAAGGUGGAAAAAGAGAUGGAGGCCUGUGACCUCUGUCUGGUGGUGGGCACGUCGUCCAUCGUGUACCCGGCAGCCAUGUUUGGCCCCCAGAUUGCAUCCAGGGGUGUCCCAGUGGCAGAAUUUAACAUGCAAAUAACCCCAAAAUCAGAGUACUUCACGUACCAUUUCCAGGGUCCAUGUGGAACUACGCUGCCUCCAGCUUUGGCGCCACACGAGUCCGAGGUCAUUUAAGAGCCUUUUUGUAAGAGACUGUCUCGACAAACCAUCGUCUAAAGACUAACGUUAUCCAAAUGUUGGUCUUAAAAUCAGUUGAGCUGUUGAUGCGAGAGGGAGUGUGGAUCACCUUAUACUUGAACAUACCGUAUAGCUCAAUAAACUGGAAAUGGGUUUGGCGUUUUGGUUGUUUUGAGUUUGAGGCAGUAGUUGUGCCGCUUUAUUGCAAGAAGGCUCGCACUAUGCGUGCAGCUGUUGGCAAAGGAUCAUCUUGCUAUUCCACACACAUUUUGUGCGUUAGAAGCUGGUAAUAGAUUGUAAUGCUUUGCUGUAGAUCAGAACAUGUUGCUACUGUUGCCGGCUGAGAAGAUUCCCUUUCUCUUUCUCCCGAUAGAACAGAUGUACACAGCGUAACAUAAUCUUGUGCCAUUUGAAACUGUUUACACAACCUUGACCAAAUGCUCCCUUUACAACUCAAGUGUGAAUCAAGCAAUGUUACAGAGAUUUAGUUGAGUGUCCCUGACCAAGGACAUGCGGCCCCUUCAUUUCCAGCCUGAUUCAGCUAUACUUCCGUUUCCUGCUGCUUGAUCAUGUUUAUUGUGAUCAGUGGAGUCACUUGUCAUGGGUUAUUCAUUCGAUUUUUUUUUUUUUUUAAUAUUAAUGUCUGUUUUCUGAAAGUUCGAUAUUCUCUAAAAGUGAAUUCAAUCUUCUUUUUUUCCCUGUCAACAUCACUCACAAUUUAUUAUAAUGAAUACUGCCUAUGAAAAUGUCAAAUGUAAUUAUUAAAACACUAAAUGCA